CAGAGGGCGUUAAUAAUGCACAAACUCGGAAUCAAAAAAAUUUCCCAUUUUUCGUUGAAGUCCACUUUCUCUCUCCUCACUGAGAGACUCACUCUCUCUCAUUUGGGAAACAAACAGAGUUGCACAGAUACAUAAUCACACACAUCGAACGUUUCCAUCGGAAAAGGAAUCGGCGUCGAGGGUUUCGGCAGAGGCAUGGAACAAGGAGAAGAGGUAAAGAAGAAAGGAGGGGUUCCCCUCGACUUUGAAAAACUGUUUGCUAGUCAGGACGACGACGACGACGUCGAGCCGCCCCUCCCGGAGGUGGCCACCACCAUCGUCGACGACGACGUGGAGCAGAAGCAGAGGGAAGAGCUCCUAAAAAUGAGGGACAGAGAGCUCGAGGAGGCCAUCGCAAAGUUCGGGCGCACGCUGAAAGCGGUUGGUCUCAAUUUGCCCGACGGCGGGGUGAAGAUGAGGGCCAACAUCAACCGCUAUCAGGACGAGUUAGACCGCCGGAGAUUGCGUCGCCUGGAAAAGGAUGAUGAUGGAUGUGAAAAAAUCACGGAAUCCAACGGCCCAAAUGUUACCAGUGCAUCAGAUGGUGUUAGGCAAGAGGCUUCUCUUCCAUCUUCGCAGUCUCUAUUCACUGCUCGUUUCUCCAAAAAGUUGGACAGAAAAAACCAGACAAAUAGUAGAACGGUGAAUGCCUUUGAAAGCGAGCUUUCAGUUUUGGGACGAUGUGACCGCGGGAAAAUACAAUAUAAGGGGAAGCCAAUGACUACACUAUCUUCACGGCAAUCACCUUUUCAAUGCCCUACCAACCAGUCUGUGGAUGGAGAUAAACGCGUACGCUUGAAUUAUCUUCAAAAUGGUGGACAUUUUUCAACUGGUUCCCCUCGUAUUUCGGAGGGGAAAGUAUCCAGCUUUGUGUCUAAGAAGAGGAAGCCGUCUCAAGUCAUGUCUUCAAAUAACGUGAGGCCUAGGAAUGGAAAAACUGUAGUUCUAGUAGAUGAGGAGGAGCCUGAACUAUCUGAGUCCGUGGAGCUGGCAGAUGAACCAGAUGAAUGCAUCAUGAAAGACUCUAAGAUCUACUAUCCUUCAAGUGAUGAUCCAGAGUCGAUAGAAAUUUGUUACUCAGAUAUGGAAUGCCUUAAUCCACAAGCCUAUUUGUCAUCAACAAUUAUGAAUUUCUACAUUCGGUAUCUGCAGCGGAAUUCUCCAACUAGGGCAAGACGUGAUUAUCAUUUUUUCAACACGUACUUCUACAACAAACUGAAAGAGGCGGUAUUGAAAAAGAAUGACCAGCAAAGUUAUUUUAUCAAGUUCAGGAGGUGGUGGAAAGGUGUCGAUAUUUUUCAUAAAGCAUAUAUACUUCUUCCAAUACAUGAAACUGUUCAUUGGAGCUUGGUGAUUAUUUGCAUCCCAGACAAGGAAGAUGAAUCAGGACCCAUCCUACUUCAUUUGGACUCGCUUGGACUUCACUCUAGUAACCUAAUUUUUGACAAGAUUAGAAGUUUUUUGAAAGAAGAGUGGAAUUAUUUGAACGGAGAAGAGGCUCCUUCAGAUCUUCCAAUUGCAGACAGAAUAUGGAAAAAUCUCCCUCGUAGAAUUGAGGGAAAAACAAUUUCGGUACCACAACAGAAAAACGACUAUGACUGUGGUCUAUUUGUUCUUUACUUCAUGGAACGUUUCAUCGAUGUGGCUCCUCGAAGGCUGAAAAAGAAGGAUUUAGCAAUGUUUAGUAACAAGUGGUUCAAACCUGAAGAAGCCUCUAGUUUGAGAAAGAAAGUCCGGAAGUUACUCUUGGAUGAAUUCCGGAAUGCAACAAGACAGAAUUGUGUUUCGGAUCAGGACCCUUCUUCCGUGGGUCCGCAAGAAGAAAGGUUGCAGACAAUAGAUUGCUGAUGUAGGUUGGUCCAAAAUUUGGAGUUCAGUGCUCCAUCAGCUGUAUAGCUCUUUUAGAUACUGGGAAUACGUUGUGGCACUUUCACUCGUUCAAGAAUUGACGGUGAAUUGGCCGUGCAAGAAAAUUUUUGGAAUCACUUACAAGUAGUGGCCCUGAAUGCCUAUCCAAAAAAAAAAUAGUAGUGGCCCUGAAAUUGGAUGCUCAUCUGGCUGGUGAACAUAUUGUCGAUGUCAUCUCAUACCGUCUGAUGAGGUUUAUAGGCACUUUAGAAACCGCUUCAUGAAAUGUAUAGGAGGAAGACAAGGGGUCACUGAAUACAGCUUUUUCCCUUCAUGUUUUGUCAUGCCUUACUUCUUUGACGAAGUGUUUUUGUAAAUGACGGUGAAAGGAGAAAAUGUCAAAACUCUACGUGCUUAAGAAAAUCUCCAAUUCUGAAUUCAGGAUUCUGUGGGGGUGAUGGCUGCAGUUUGUUUUCCAUUAUCAGUAUUUGGAUCAAAACUGCUCAUUACUUUGACAGUCAUGGAAGCAGAUUUUCUGUUUGCUGUUGCCUGAAAUAUAACAAACUGGAGAUGCUUUUGUUUCCCAGAUACACUUCUCUAUAAUGUGAUUACACAAAGGUGGGAGGUGCUUUGAUUCCAAUUUCCUUUUGGCUGCGUUUGAAUCAUAGAUUUGUAGAAGGAUUUGCCAAGGGGCCGGAAGCUGUCAUUUCUCUUCAUUAUCUUGUCAUCAUUUUUUUUCCCCGGUUACGUUUUGAUUUCCCUCCUCAGAUUCUCCACUAAUCCAUGAUUGUAAAUAGGUUUUUUCUGACUGAAGGACUUGGACGCGUGUAAAUAUCAUUGACAUUUUGGAAUAUAUGCCCUUUGAUUUC